CCGCAGAAUGGAAAGAUUUGGAGUGCCGCGUGGUAAGCGUCCCCGGGUGCAGGUGUCCUUGGACGACAAGGAGCGAGCCAUAGCCCGCAUCCGUGGUGGUGAGACCAAGGCCGGCAUUUCCCGCGAGCUGGGUGUCCCGGAGUCCACGGUUCGCGGCUGGGUGAAGCGGGCUGAGCAGCGAAUGGCCCGCGAGGCAGUUGGCCAGCCAGAUGCCGCCAACUUUCCCUCUAUCCUGGCCAUGACUCUGGCCAAGCCGCAAGUCACCAUCAGCGCAAAGUCAUCGGCCUCGUCCGUCAAUUCGAAAUCGUCAUUCUCAUCGCCCCCGCUGGCCUUGAAGUCCCUGAAGCUGCCACAAAAGCGGAACAUCAACGGUCAUCCGGUGGCACGUCCUCCCCAGGACUCCCACCCGAACCCAGCAGCUGCUCCCAUUCACAUUCCCGUGCCGAUUCCCAUGCCCUUCCCCGUGCCCCCGGCGCCUUCCGCCGACAGUCAGCAACAGAUCAGCGGCUGGUUGCACAUCUUCAAUGCCGGAAUCCUGAACUUCACCCUGAUUGCCACCGCUGCAGUGCUCCAGGCUCGUUCUCGUGGCCUGGCGGAUCGCCUGCCGCUGUGGCAAAUCAUCACGGAUUUUGUUGACGAGGCCGGACGCAACGUGGCCGCCAAUGGGGGUCAGUACGUCGAGCCAGUGCCAUCCGCUUUGGACGAAACGGGUCCGAGGCAACGAAUGGUCCAGGCGCCAGUGCAUCCGUAUCGCGGGAAUGUGAAGGCUCCGCCGGUUCACAUCACCGCCGAGGAUGACGAGGACAGCUCUACGGGUGAUGAGAUGGAACACUGAUUGUAUGGGAUUAGGAAAUUAGAUAGGGAUUAUUAAAUAAAUUUAUAAAGACUCA